AGAGGAAAAGGACUAAAGGAGUUGUGGGCCUGUGGACAGUUUCCUGCAGCUGGGCAUUUUCACACCCUAAAAUGGCCACAAGAAGUUCGACUGAUGCCUUAACAGGAUAUGUGAACACAGAGGAGGAUCCAAGUGGAAGACACAGCCCUGACAAAGACCGUCCAAACAUGUCUGAUCUGAGGAUAAUGCUGCUGGGGAGGUCUGGAGAACUGAAGAGUAAAGUGGGAAAUAUCAUCCUGGGGAGAGAGGCUUUUGAAACUGAACCCUCCUUCUUUUCAGUAAAACAGCAGUGUGAGAGAGCCAGGGGACUGGUGGACGGGAGACAUGUGACUGUGAUCAACACUCCUGACUUACUGCAUCCCCAGAUCUUUCAGCUUGAAAUAGACAAGCAGAUUGAGUUGUGUGUCUGUCUGUCAGACCCUGGGCCCCAUGUGCUUCUGGUGGUGCUGCAGCAUGAGAGAUUUACAGAAACAGACAGUGACAGAAUGAGGAGGUUUCUGGCCACUUUGGGUGAUCAGGCCUUUAACUACACAAUGGUACUGAUCACCCAUGAUGGCAAAAAAACAGAUGAUUGUAUUGAUGAACAAAGGGAUCUUAUCGAAAAAUGCAGAGGAAGGUGUCACAGGUUCGGCAAUAUAGACAAGACUGACCAUGCUCAGAUUAGUACAUUUAUGGAAAGAGUUAACAGAGUAGUGAAGGAGAACGAAGGAAGCUACCUCAUCUGUGAGACAUAUAAGGAGGCAGAAUCAGGUACACAUUCAACACCAGUGACUGGAAGUGAGCAAGAUAUGGAGAGAGCAAGUAGCAAGAGAGAAGACCAGAAAACCCAGGAAGAAAAAAUAGACAUUUCCCAUAUACCCCAGCGGAGGAGAAUGAGUAUUAAUCCACACUCAAUGAUGUCUGAGCUGAGGAUUGUGCUGCUGGGGAGGUCUGGAGAAGUGAAGAGUAAAGUGGGAAACAUCAUCCUGGACAGAAAGGUUCUUUCAGUAAAAGAUCAGUGUGAGAGGGCACAAGGUCUGGUGAAUGGGAGGCCUGUGACUCUGAUGAACACUCCAGACUUACUGGACCCUGAACUCCCUGGCAGGAAAUUAUUCUGUCAGAUAGAGAGAUGUGUUACCCUGUCUGCCCCAGGUCCUCAUGCACUUCUGCUGGUGCUGGAGAAGGUGGGGUUUACAAAGGGUGAUAGAAAAAGACUGAAGAGAAUCCUGGGCUUUUUCAGUGAUGAGUGCUUUAAGUACUCAGUGGUACUGCUUAUACAGAGGAGUAAACGAUCAUAUAGCAUUGGUAAGGAUCCUGUUGACAAAGUUAUUAGGAUGUGUAGUGGACGUUUGCUUACACUGAACACAGACAAGACUGUGUGCAUCCGGGUUCCUGAAUUAAUAAAGAAAAUAGAGCAGAUGGUGGAGAAGAAUGGAGGAGGUUUCCUCCACUGUGAGACGUUCAAGGAGCCUGAAUCAGCUGCGCUAGGAGCAAUAGAGGGCUCACUAAUGGGGGCUGAACAGAAGAUGGAGAGGAAGCAGAAACCACAUCCGCUGCCUAGAGAACAACAGCAAAUUGAAGUGGCUGGGGGUGACAGGCUGAACUUGGUGUUGUUUGGGAGCACCGGAACUGGGAAGACUUCUGCAGUAAACGCCAUCCUGGGACAGAGGGAGUCCAGUGUGGAUCACAGCCCCUCUUCAGUGUGUGAGAGGAGAGAGGGAGAAGUGUGCGGUCGCCUGGUUACCUUGGUGGAAAUGCCAGCUCUGUGUGAAUCACAGCUCUCUGCAUCCACUGUGUCUCGCCUCUUUACCUCUCUCUGUGGCCCUGGAGUUCAUGCCUUCCUCCUGGUCACACCAGCUGGUCCUCUCACUGAUGAAGACAAGGUGGAAAUAACAAAGAUUCAGGAGAUAUUUGGAUCAAAAGUCACUGAUUACAUGGUGGUCCUUUUUACCCAAGAAAAUCCAGCUGCUCAGCCUGUUCUUGACUUUCUGCAGCAGAAUAAAGAUACUCAGGAGCUUCUAAAGAUGUGUGGCAGCAGGUUUUAUGUUUUCAACAACCAGCACAUUGUGAAUAACCCGAUAGUUCCAGAGCUUCUAAAGGCUAUUGAGGAGGUGAAAGGAGCAACAGAAAGCUGCUUUUCCCUGAAUAUGUUUUGGGAGGCACAGCUGGAGAAGAAGGAAAGGAAAAUCAGAGAAUUAGAAGAAACUAUUAAGGACAAAUCACUGGGUGCUGAGUGUAAAGAUCAGAACUCGGACUGUUUGAGGAUAGUGCUUGUGGGGAAGACAGGAAGUGGGAAAAGUGCCACAGGAAACACCAUACUGCAGAGGGAGGAGUUCCUGUCUGAGCCCAGUUCAACAUCAGUGACAACCCGCUGUAAGAAAGAAGAAGAAAAAGUAGCAGGCAGGCGUGUUGCUGUAGUUGACACACCAGGUCUCUUUGAUACAGGAGUUACUAAUGAGGAGGUCCAGCAGGAAAUGGCCAAAUGCAUCUCCUUUUUAGCCCCUGGACCUCAUGUGUUCCUCCUAGUUGUACAGAUUGGAAGAUUCACAAAAGAGGAGAUGGAAACAUUGCAGCUCAUUAAGAGUACCUUUGGUAAAAAUGCUGAAAUGUUCACCAUAGUCAUUUUCACAAGAGGGGAUGAUCUUAAUGGAUCCAUUGAUAGUUACAUUCAGAGGAGCAACAUUACAAUCCAGAAUCUGAUUCAAGACUGUGGAAACAGGUUUCAUGUCUUCAAUAAUAAAGACAAGAGCAAUUGCACCCAAGUGCCUGAGCUGCUGGAUAAGAUAGACAGCAUGGUGAGGAAGAACGGAGGUAGCUGCUACACCAAUGAGAUGUUCCAGGAGGCAGAAAUGACCAUAAAGAAAGAGUGUGAAAGAAUACUGAGAGAGAAGGAAGAAGAGAUGCAGAGAGAGAGAGAGGUGCUGAUGUCAAAACAUGAAGGGAAGAUUAAAGAGAUGCAGAGUAGGAUGGAAGAGCAAAGACUUCAAGAAGAGAAUGAAAGAAAACGUAGGGAAAAAGAGCUGAAAGACAAAGAAGAACAUUUAAGGAAAGAAUGCGAAGAGUGGAAAAAAAGAGAGCAGGAGGAAAAAGAAAGAAGAGAUGAGGAAGAGAAAAAGAAAAAGGAAAAACAAGAAUUAGAGUGGAAGGGGAAAAUGGAUAAGAUAGAGAAAGAGAAAUCUAGAAUGAAAAAGGAGUUGAAACAUAGGGAAGAUGAGGAAAAAAAUAGGGUAAAAAGAGAGGAGAAACAGAGACAAGACAUGAUAGAAAAACAAAGCAGAGAAAGGAAAGAAUUUGAGGACAAGCAAGCAGAAGAAAAGAAAAAUAGAGAUAGAGAGGAGCAGGAGAGGAAAAACCGUGAGAAGAGAGAAAGAAGGGAGUGGAAACAGAAAAUGAAAGACACAGAAAAGGAGAAAAAAGAGAUACAAGAAGACAUGAAGAAAAGAGCUGAGGAAUGGGAACAGGAAAGAAAAACAGAACAGAUAAAUAAAGAGGAAGAAGAGAAGAGAAGGAAACAGAAAGAAGAGCAAGAGAGAAAAGAGUGGGAUGAGAAACAAAAGAUAAUGAGGGAUGAGUUUGAGAAAGAAAGGAAAAAAGAAAGACAAAGGAGAGAAAAGGAAAGGAGAGAUAAAGAGGAACUGAUGGAGAGGAAUCUUGAAGAACAGAAAAGGCAGUUGAAAAAACAAGAAGAGGAAUGGGACAAGGAAAGAAAACAGGACAGAGAGAGAAGAGAUAAAGAGGAUGAGCAGAGAAGAGAGGAGGAGAGAGAAAGGCUGGCAAGACUACAGAAGGAAUUUGAGAGGGAACGAGAAGUAGAGUGCCGGAAGAGAAAGAUGGAAGAUGAGGCCAGGAAAGAAAGAGAAGAAAAAGAACGUAAAGAAAUGGAGGAAGACUACAAAAGCAAAAUGAAAGAAAUGAAGAGGAAUUAUGAAGAAAAAGCAAGAAAACAAGCAGAGGAAUCUAAUGAUUUUAAAAAGAAAUUUAAUGACCUGGAAGAGACUUUGAAGAAGUUGAAGGAGAAACACCAAAAAGAAUACGAUGACUUGAAAGCGAGUGGCAAUUGUGUAAUACUGUAAAGCUGCAACAGGCAUGCUUUCCUGUGAAGGGCACUGGAACAUAACAUUACCCAAAUGGUGCAUUUCACUAAUGUGAAAUGUACCAAUUGGACAAAAAGCAGGAUUUUGAAACAAUGAAUAUCAGGAGAUUUUUUUAAUUCAUGCUUUUUCCCCUAAAUAGCUAAUCAUACCCACACUGCAAUGCUCAUCAUAACCUCAUCAUGUCGAUUUGAGAGAACUCAGACAGAACUCAGAACAGACACUUUCUGAAGCACGUGUUGCUGUCUUUCGGAUGAGGUUCUGACUCACUGUGGUCAUUAAAGAUCCCAUGACACGUAUCGCUAAGAGUAGGGGGUUCCCCGGUGUCCUGGCUAAAUCCCAGGUCUGGCUUUCACAAACUGCCACCAAAAUCAUCCCCAGAUUUAAUUGGCUAAAAUAUGUUCUCUCCCUCUCCACCUUCGCUAAUGUGUGGUGAGCUUUCUGGUGCAAAAUGGCUUCCAUGCAUCACCCAGGUGGGUGCUACGCAAUGGUGGUGGGUGACGUGAGUUCCCCCUGAGUGUAAAGCACUUUGAGCAAUCAAAAGGUGUUUUUUAAAUGCUAUAAGGAUAUUGUUAUUAUAUAUCAAACCACUGCUUCUUAAGCCACAGUUUGCAAGUUGGGCUCGCUCAAACAUGAGCAAGAGGAAAACAGGGUGGCAAACUUUAGUCUUAUAGUGAUGAUAGUAUAGUAUAGUAUUCACAGACUGGGGUGGAGCGGAUGGGGGAUGGUGUAAGCAUGUGAUCUCAGUCAUUUGAGUGUGGCUCAAGGCAAAUAGUUUUUAGUUUUUUAGUUUAGUUUUAUUAUUUUUGCACAAUUUAAAAAAUACACAAAAAUGACAAAGAUAGCAAAUCAUAUACAGUGCAGGGAGAGGCAGAAAACCCAGUGGGCUUAUUUGAAGCCUCCACCUAAAUAAUGUUAAAAAUUCACAAUAUUAUAAAGAACAUAAACUUCACAUACAGAAAAUAAUAUUACUACAUAAAAGUGGUGGCAAACUAAUAGUAACUAAAUAUAAAUAGCAACAAUAACCUUGUAUUCAACAUUUGGGGGGCAAAUAUGCCCAGGGUUGGGGUGGAGAGUGAGAGGGUAUUUAUAACAAAACAAAAAAAUCAGAUGAACAAACACCUUCACCCUUCCCCCUCACAGGAUCUGGGCUAAAACAAUAAACUAACACAACAAACUAAAACAAAAAACAAAUGACAGCAAAAACACCUAUAAGCACCUGGGCUGGUUAGUUAAUGCAACCCAGGUGCAUGUGCGCUCUCCACCACUCGGCGUUCUCAAGACCAGCUUCUCCGGUAAACCAAAUGCUACACAUAUGUACUACAGUCAUAUAGUGAAUGAUCUGAGCAUUAUUUUUGGUGUGACAAUCGAACCAGCUCCACUAUGUCUCCUGCUAGACCUCCUGGAUGUUCAAAUCGGACAUGACAAAUACAAAAAACAAGAGACUGUUUAACAUCCUGAUAUUUUAUUUCUUUUUUUAUAUACAUCCUUUGUGUUUUUGAUCAUGGACUCAGCCUCAACAAAGAAGUCUUGGUAUAAGCACAUGAUUAUACUAUAUUGCAUAUAAGGACAUUAUACCAAAUGACCUGUGUUCUGCAUUCAUCCUCGGAAGUUUUCUACAGUGUAUGGGAUCCCUACCUGAAUUUUGUUGGCCCUGUUGUUGCCACCUCACUUCUUUUAAGAUUCCCCAACUCAGCCUAGCUUCUCAAACCAUAGUGCAUUGCUUGUAUAUUAUUAUUCAAGUAACCUGUAUGUAUUCCUGAUUAAUUAAGGCUGUCUAUUCUGUUCUGUGCUACUGCAUCUACUUUUUUUAUUUUAAUGUGUGAGGGGGACUAUAUAUAUAGAAAGUUCAGUAACAUCUAUAUGGUGAGACCUGUAGAGUAGCAAUGCUUU